CCCUUACUCAAUGUCGACAUUUCGCAUAAAUCAUUUCCCAAAACUCAACCUAUAAUUCAAUACUUGAAAGAGUGCGGCAUAGACACCAACCGCACGAUUGAAGAUUAUCGUAUGAAAAAAACUAUUCUUCAGUUUUUAAAAGGCAUAGACAUUGUAUACGCUCCGCCUGCUAGUUUUGGGGCUAUACCCAAAAAAAAAAAAGUGAUUGACAUUGGAGAUGCUCCUGCGAAAACGUUCUUCACGUUAGAUGAUGGCACAAAGAUGAACGUAAAAGAUUACUUUGCAUCGAAAGGUUGUAUCUUACAAUACCCUUAUUUGAAUUGCAUCACAACAGGUAGCACAACAAGAAAAAUUGCCCUUCCAAUCGAAUUCUGUUCCGUUGCUGAAGAUCAAGUUUUAAACCGCAAGGAUGGAAAUAUGCAAGUUUCCAAAAUGAUUAAAUAUUCCGCCACGUCUACAAACGAACGAAAAAACAAAAUUAUGAAUUUAAUGGCUCAUUUUCGUCACAACGAAAAUUCGACUAUAAGAUCCUUCGGCAUACAGCUGGGUGGCAAUUUUAUAAAAGUUCAUUUUCGCUUGCUGCCACCUCCAGAAUUGGAGUAUUGUGGCGGCAAAACUGCAUGUCCACGCGAUGGCGCCUGGCAACUGGCUGAUGUAAAAUUUUUAGAGACGUCAAAAGUUAACCAAGGACACAAAUGGGCAAUCGUUUAUGAAAAUAAAGGCCGACCCAUUAACGCGCAUUCGUUAGAAGAUUUUAAAAAGGCGGUCCAAAGGACGGCUCAACAAGUUGAUGUAAAGUUGGCACAGGAAGGAGAAAUAAGAGGUUUUCAAAAUAUUGAUUGGGUGUUACAAGAUCUUGCAAAGGAAGGUUAUGCUCUGGUAAUUGUUGUAUUACCAAAUUACGGCACAUCGUAUUCUUCGGUAAAACAAAAUGCAGAACUUAAAGUGGGGAUAUUGACUCAAUGUAUCAAAGAAAGAACUGUAUUGCGUGCCCCUAAAGACGCAUCGGUGAUUCACAACUUAAUGCUGAAAGUAAAUGCGAAACUAAAUGGUACCAAUCACAAGGUGUCUGAAGAAAAAGAGGCUGGAUUAAAAGAGCUUUUACAACCCAUCAGUAAUGUGAUGUUUAUGGGCGCCGACGUCACUCAUCCCUCACCUGAUCAACGCCACAUACCAAGCGUGGUGGGAGUGGCAGCAUCUCAUGAUGCUUAUGGUGCAUGUUACAAUAUGCAGUACCGUUUACAGAGAUCGACAGUUGAGGAGAUCGAAGACAUGAAGUCCAUCACUGAAUAUCAUUUGAACGUCUACAAAAGCUAUCAAAAUCGUUACCCAGCACAUAUAAUUUAUUAUCGAGAUGGAGUUUCAGACGGCCAGUUUCCCAAAAUAAAGAAAGACGAGCUGGGAGGCAUACGUCGGGCUUGCGACCAAGCGGGCUGUAAUCCAAAGAUCACUUGCCUAAUCGUGGUUAAACGGCACCAUACUCGCUUUUUCCCACUUCGUCAAAGCCAAGGUUAUAGGGAUUUUAAUAACGUCGAGCCAGGCACUGUGGUCGAUCAAUAUAUUGUCCAUCCCAACGAGAAACAAUUUUUUUUGGUUAGCCAUAAAGCUGUACAAGGCACAGCUAAACCUACGCGAUAUAAUGUUAUCGAAGAUGACGCUAACUUUAACAUCGAUCUGUUGCAAAAGCUCAGCUACAAUUUGUGUCACAUGUUUCCGCGCUGCAACAGGGCCGUUUCAUAUCCGGCACCUGCUUAUUUAGCACAUCUGGUCGCAUUUAGGGGACGUGUAUAUUUGGAAGGUACAAUGCGUUUUGGUAACCUGAAGGACGAAUAUAAGAAGCGAUCUAUUCAAUCUGUCCUAAUGAAACGAAAUCCAAUGUAUUUCGUAUAAAAUAAGAUCUAUUAAUGCGUCAAAUUACAUUUAAAAAAUAAAAUAAGCAGCUUAUUCCUGCAUUUUUCGUGGUUUAUACAAAUUUGAA